AUGUCGGAGCAUCCGAAGCACGCGAACCCGGACGGGUCGUUUCCGAUCGGGCACGAUGAGCAGUCUCUCACCCAGGUGGUGGACUGGUCGCAGGAGGAGGAGGUCAGGGCGAAGCGCAAGCUCGACCUCAUCGUCAUGCCGCUCCUGACCCUGGGCUUAUUUUGUUUGCAACUCGACCGGGGCAACAUCGCCAACGCGCUCACCGACAGGUUCAUGGAGGACGUGGGCAUCAGCCAGGACGAGUUCAACGUCGGGCAGCAGAUGCUCUCGCUCGGCAUCGUGCUGUUCGAGAUACCGUCCAACAUGAUCCUGUACCGCGUCGGGCCCGGCAAGUGGCUGACGCUGCAGCUCUUCCUCUUCGGGGCCGUCAGCACGUUCCAGGCGUGGCAGAACAGCUACGGCUCCUUCAUCGCGUCGCGCUUCCUGCUGGGCGUGACCGAGUCGGGCUUCAUCCCGGGCGGCCUGUGGACGCUGUCGACGUGGUACACGCGGCGCGAGACGGCCAAGCGCGUCAUGUUCUUCUACUUUGGCAACCAGUUCGGCCAGGCCUCGAGCAAGCUGCUCGCCUACGGCAUCCUGCACAUGCGCGGCGUCGCGGGGCGGCCCGGCUGGUUCUGGCUCUUCGUCCUCAUGGGCGGUUUCACCCUCGUCAGCGGCGUCGUGCUGGGCGUCUUCCUGCCGGACUCGUUCAGGAGCCCGCGCAGCUCGUUCCUGCCGAGGCGCCAGAUAUUCACGGAGCGCGAGAUCCACAUCCUGCGCACGCGCGUGACCAUGGACGACCCCAUGAAGGGCAAGAAGAAAAAGAAGAUUGGCAAGGCUGGGUUCAAAAAGGCAUUCACGAGCUGGCGCCUCUGGGUGCACGUCGGCAUCACGCUGGCCAACAACGGGCCCCAGCGGGCCUUUGACACGUACUCGCCCUCCAUCGUCAACAGCUUCGGCUUCGCGGGCCUGCAGGCCAACGCGCUGGCGUCGGUCGGCCUGUUCCUGCAGAUCCCCGUCUCGUGGGCCUUCAGCUACGUCUCGGACCACUACAACCGGCGCGGCGAGACCGUCAUCGCCGGCCUCGCCACGCACCUGCUGGGCUACAUCUUCAACCGCGCCUUCACCGAGCUCUCGGGCCAGCGCGGGGUGCGGUACUUUGGGGUCGUCUGGACGCAGACGUUUGGCACGUUUUCGCACCCGCUCAAUAUUACGUGGAUGUCCUUGGCGUGCGAGGAUUCGGAGCAGCGGGCUUUGGCCAUGGCCAUGGUCAUCAUGGGCGCCAACACGGCCGGAAUCUACGGUGCGCAGAUCUUCAGACAGGACGACCGCCCCUUUUACCGCCGCGGGUUCGCCGUGGCCAUUGCGGUGCUAGUAGUGGGCCUGUUGCUGGUGGCUGUGCGAUUCUUUGACGACCGCAUCCGCCGCAAAAAGGUCCUCCAAGCCGGGAUUCUCGAGCCCGAGGGCGGCAUCUCGACCGCAGGGAGUGACCAGAACUCGCAGCUUGAAGAGAAGGGGAAGAGUGGAGACCCACGAGGAGAAGCCAGUGUUCCGAGACCUAGCGACGUCCAGCCACAGUCAAUCAUGAUUGGGCAGGGGCUAGCGCCGGUCGUCUCCACGGUUCAGUCUUAG